AUGAUGGGCACCGAACUGGACGCCAACGUCGAUGUGGUCGUCUCGUAUAAUGGCAAUGCCUAUCCACUCUCGAUUGAUAACCGAGGUCCAAAAUAUUUGAAUGUCAACUUUGGCGUUGAUGUACCCUUGCAGGGCAACGUAGUCUUUAAUAGCACUGGUACGCCCUUCGAGUCAGUGCCAUGGCGUCCAAUCUACAUAAAUACAGCGAGCCCAAUCCCCACACAAGGCGGUGUCCUGUCGAUCUCGGGAGCAAUGAUGAUUGGCUCCGUCAGUGAUGGACCGGGUGCAACCUUGGUCAUCGUGCCACCUGCUGGUAGCCCCAAGUACACACUGACCAGUCGACUCGAACAAAGUGCCAACCUUACCAUAUUCAACGUCACCAACACAGGACACGCCUGCAUCACUGGCCUACACACCAGUUUCCAGCUUUACCCCGAUGGAGACGACACCACACCAGGUGAUCACAGAUUUGCCGAAAUGAUGUUCCCAGUUCAAUCCCCAACAAUUAUAACGAAUGAGUUGACCAAGACCUCACUCCAGUUGACAGGAACUAACUUUGGUUGUAAUGCAUCCUUUAUCAGAGUGACUUUGGAUCAAAUUCCAAUGGGUGUGACCAAUCUCACUGAUCACUCAAGCUUGGCCAUCCUACUUCCAAACUCAACUUCCGACAUAUACGACCCUACCCUCACCUACACCUACCCAGGCCUCAAGACACUCUCAUUCACAGUAGAUGGAUUAACAACAAAUGGUGCCAACAUUAUAACAAUUAGACCAAUCAUUGAUAAUAUAUCAAGAGUACAGGCUACUACUGGUGGCGUAGUCACGUUGACUGGCGCCUACUUGAGGACAAAGGAUGAGAUGAAUCAGGCAAUGAAGGUAUCGAUCAAUGUUGGCGACAACAUUGCAUGUGUGUAUGAUCCAAACACAGUGUCCACACCAGGCAUGAUCACAUGUGUCAUGCCCAAGGCCACCGCGGCAGCACUCAAUGCCCAACCACUGUUGGUCACUGUAACGAUCAAUGGUGUGGCCAGCACUGACAAGGUCUACUUCUCAUACGAGGUACCAACACUCAGCCAUCCAUUCCAACUUGGCAAUAUAUUGGUGUUGCCCGGUAGUGGUCUGGGCACCACGACACAUUCCAGUGUGAUCAUCGAUGGCAACAUAUUCUCUCCAGUGGCUAUGGUCGACCAUGUUGAUGGCAGCCAACUGAUGAUCAUGACCCUGCCCGAGGACAUACCCCUCUACGUGCCGUUUGAAAUCUCGGUCAACAACACCGGAGUGAUGACACAGACCAGCAACAUCACUGUGCGACUCAUGAACAUCACUGUCUCUGUCGCGCCAAUAGCCGGUGGAGUCGUGACGAUCACUGGCCAGCCAUCGGUAUUCUUUUCACCAGACAUACACCAGGCUGACCUCGCCAGUCCACACUGCAAGUCGUUCACCGUGCUCAACACAUCGACCGCCACAUGUGUGGUGCCGGCCGGCUCGGGUAUCCAAUAUCCACUGUCGAUCACAUUGUCAAACAUCACAGCGAUCACUGGCGAGUAUAGAUAUGCCGCACCAAUCAUCGACUCAUCGACCAGUGUCACGUCUAAUGGUGGACCAAUCACAAUCACUGGACGCAACUUUGUCCAAUCAUCAGACUUGUUGGUGGUCGUUGGCCAGGUCACAUGCAAGGAUGCCAAGGUUAUCAGUGUGCGUACAUUGACGUGUACACUCGACAAGAGUGACCUACCCAAGCCACUUCCAGCAGACAUCCUGCCCAUCUCAGUCACAGUGUCCAAGCAACAAGCCGUCGCAAACAUAUUUGUAUACAUGACCUAUCCAACAUCCUCGACCACCGCUACUCCUUCGUCAACCUCGGCCACUACAACUUUGAGCUCCACUACUACAGACGCACCAAACACAUCAAGUAAGAUCCUUGCAUCAAGUAUUAUUACAAUGAUUAUGGUAAUACUACUUGUGACACUGAUCUAA